GACACAAGUUCCCUGUAAGCAACGCCGACGAACGGUGGAGCUCGGUACGGCCUGGAGGGCCGAAUGCGGUCUCCUUUUCUGGCCGUCAACGUGGUCGCGAUCCCCCCGACCCCCCUUCGGCCUCUCUCUUUCGGUUAGCAUCAGUGCCCAAUGAACAGGAACUCGCACUUUUCGUACCACCGGCCAAUUGGGCGCCGAGAGCAGGCUAAAGGGCGUGACCAACGUGCCCAGUCUUUCUUCUCGUCUCGGGGUGAAGCAACACAGACUUGCUCGACUAACUAGCUGCGACCAUGCAAUGCAAACGGAUGGGAAACUAGAUCACCCUGCAUAUCUAUGCGAUGCGAGCACAUCCGCUGUGGAGUAUCUGUGAACCCAUUUCCCAGGCAGAGUCGGCAACCGAGCCGUUCCAAUCACUCACCCUUGUCUGACCUUGAAAAUUGAUGGCAUUGAAGGACAACUCAUAAUUCUGUCCAACCAAGAAUGGUGUGGGAAUUUCGACAGCCAUUAAGGAUGAGUCGAUGAAGCCUCGUUCGGUACUUCUGGGAGACGGUGAGCAGAGAGGCGUACAUUUGCAUGAGGGCUCGACAAAUCCGAGCGAUCCUAUAUAUACGAGCAAAUGCGGUACCGCAUAACCAAAGAGCAGCGUGGAUGGCGAAUCAGGUAAGAGGCUCAGGCAGGUAUCACAUACCCCUUCUCCUUUCGGUAGGCCAUAACAGAGCCUUCAAGAACUAUUCUAUCGACAUCCUCCGGAUCGAACUAAGAUACAUCCCGCAACAUUUACUUCUCUGGUUCCGGCCCCCAACCAAUGAGCUGGCACUGCAGGGCUUCGAGAGGCUGCUAACAAACCAGGAACACAUGGACGAUCCUCUCUCCCUCUAGCCCAAGGCUCUCGACGGUGGGUUCAGAUGCAUAUCACUGCGUCCGGGGUGAGACUUGUACUCCCCACGCCCCCCAGGGGUGGCACACCUUUAUAGAGAUAAUGGUGGGUAGCGGUGAUGGGAAAGUGUCUCGGAGGACGUGACGUAUCAUUGGGUCAGAGGUGUGAGUAGGCUCUUCUGCUUACUCUGAACUAAGGGAAUGCGCAUAUCAUUUCUUGCACAUGAUUUCCACAUAGUGUGGCCGGAAUUAUCAUGGUCUUCGUAGAACUUUCCAUGGCGUCGAAUGUCUCAGAGAUCUUGAUUGGUCAGUUAGAAGCAAAACUCAACGUCGAAUUUCCCCCUAUUAGAAGCGACGAUAUAUAUAUACAUUGAUGCUGCAGCUGUCUAACUGGAAGCUAUGGUUCACUGACGG